AUGGAAAGCCGAGGGAAAAGAAAGGCGAAAGUGGUGGAGGUAUUUACUCUAGUUGGGAUUGAAGUUGACACAACGAACCAUUUUCAGGCUAAUAAGGUUUUUCAGAAUAAGGAGGUUGUUGUUGAUUAUGCAAGGAAGAGUGGUUGUAGGCAUGGAAUUGUUGUUGUAGUAAAGAGGUCUGAUUUAAACGAUCCAAAUAGAACCCCUAGGAUUCUAUUUGGUUGUGAGAGAAAUGAUGGUUAUAGGGGUAGAGAUAAUGUGAAGAGGAAGACAUCGACAAAGAAAUGUGGAUGUCCAUUCUCCAUGAAAGCACAUGUGGUAGACACACUGACAGGGACAUGGAAGUUAGUUGUACUGAAUGGGAAGCACAAUCAUGCACUGGUUAGAACCUUUGAAGGGCAUUCAUAUGUUGGUCGUCUUAAUAAAGAAGAGAAGGAGACAGUUGAAAGGCUAAGCAAGUCAGGGGUGAAGACAAGAGACAUUCUGAAUCACAUUAAGCUAAAAGAUCCAACAAAUGCAUCAACCAUGAAGACCGUGUACAAUGCCAGAAUUGUACUGAGAAUCCAUGAGACUGAAGGUUAUGUUACUAGGCAUAGAUUUGAGGAAACAAUAGAGGUGGUUAAGGAUUUGUUUUGGUGCAGCUCCACUUCAAUCCAGCUUGCUAGAGCCUUCCCAUUUGUGUUCAUGCUCGACUGCACUUACAAGACGAACAAAUAUAGGCUUCCCUUAUUGCAGAUAGUUGGUGUGACAUCCACUAAUAAGACAUUUUCUGUGGCCUUUUGUUACAUGAAUGUAGAGAAAGAAGAGAAUUACGUGUGGGCUUUAGGGUAUUUCAGAGAUUUAUUUGAUGGUGUGUUGGCUGAUGUCUUCAUUUGUGAUAGAGAUAUUGCACUUAUGAAUGCAGUGAAGGUAGUGUUCCCAGCUGCAAAGAAUAUGCUUUGCAGAGUACACAUUUCUAGGAAUGUGUUAAGUAACUGUGUUAGUUUGUUUCGUCUUAAGACUGAGUUUGAUAAUUUCAUAGUAGGAUGGGCAUGGGUGGAUCAGUACUUCCAUUUGGGCAACACCAGCACCAACAGAGUUGAAAGUAGCCAUGCUAAACUGAAAAAAUAUCUGUCCAAUUCAGUUGGUGGUUUUGUUCAAUCUUUCAACAAAAUAGUGAAAGAAUCUAGCAAGUUGGUGAGUAGUGUCAAUGUAUUCUAUGCUAACAUUACCCUUUAUGACAUGGUCCCUGAUAAAAUAGUGCCUAACAUCUAUGUUGUUGAUAUAAAAGCUUCAUUUGAGGAUAGUCUGACUAGAGUGCCAAUUCGUUUUAGGAUACCUUUAUACAAGGACUUGGUGAACAUGGUCUCCACUGCUGCAUUGGAGAAAAUUGAAAUUGAGUUGGCAUCUAUUGGCAGCAAUGGUUUAAGUGCUGUUGAUUGCAAUCAUAGAUGUCUCAAGGCUUUUGGUUUGCCAUGUGGCCAUAUGCUAACACAGUAUCGAGCUGAAGGGAGGAGUAUCCCAUUGAAUGAUGUACACAAUUAUUGGAAGCAAUUGUGCAUUAAACCUUAUAGUGAAGACCUUAAAGAUGAAAUCUCUAUUGAGGUCGAGAUUGAGAUUGUUAGGAGGAUGUUUGCAGCUGCAACUGUACAUCAGAAGUACGAGAUUAAAAGGCCGCUGCAACUAGUUGGCCAGCCAAGCAGUACUACUCUAAUGGAGCCAAAAGCAAAGGUCAAUUUGAGGGGGAGAAAGAAGGGGCAGAGGGGACACAAAGAUUUUGACAAAUCAACUAAGUGUGACCCUUCAACCUUUGAAUAUGCACAAGAAGGUCAUGUAUUAGAUGAUGUUGGACAAAGUCAGGCUUCACAGUCACAGAGUUUGAAUGAAGGGUGGUGGCAUCUUUCUUUGGAUGGGAGAAUGAUGAUUGGAGAGUUGUUAGGAAAGACCUUGCCAAUGAGUUGCACAGAAAUGGCAGUUAGAAACAAUUGGAUGGUUAUGCCUUAUAUGGGUAAUGUCAUAUCCACCUGCUACAAUGUUGUAGUUGUGCUGGUUUCACAGAAGCAACGCCUCACUUUUUUCCCACUAAGGGAUCCAAUACCAGUAGAGUGCAAUCAUGGUGUAAUGGUUUUUGGAUACAUCAAUGACUCUCACUUCGUGAGAAUGGAGCUAGCAGCAGACAAUCCCUUGUCUCCAGUAUAA